UCAUAAUUUAAUAUAUUAAUUUAUUGUUUGAAUAACCAGCAUUUUCCCUUAAAGGGUAUCAUGGAGAACGGCUUUGUCUUAUUGUGUGGGAAUUUAUAAAUAAACCGUAGUACGGAGCAUAUAAUGGAUACCCCUGAUUCUCUUGAUAUUUCCCGCAGAGACUCUACGUCUGAGGUAAUUCCGCAAGAUAUGAACAAAGAUAGGACGGAAGAAAAACCAGAAAAAUCACAAAACUCAUUUUAUGAGUGUCCAACGGCGGCCUGCUCCAUCGCAUCCGUCAAUGCUCUGCAGGAGCCGGAUAAUCCAUCCACACCUGAUUUAAACAAUGAAUAUAGCCUGGAAGGCUUCGAGGAUGAUCGUGUAGACGUUUCACAAGUUUCAUCUACAACAACAUUUUAUAAUUCGCAACGUAUUAGUGGUUUAUCUUCUGAGGGCGACUCUGUCAGCUACUCUACAUUACAACGAGCACAAGGGGGUUACUUUGCUGGUUCACCCACUACUCUUCUUCAAGGGGCCCCGGUAGAAUCUGAACGUCCCCGUAGUUUCAUUAACCGUCCACUGCUGAGUGGCAGUGCUCCGUUGGAUCAACAACCUCCUGUCUUAAGGAUGUUAAUGGCGAGUCCAUCUUCAACACCCAAGGUAAGUAUUGGCGGCAGGUUAUUAAAUGCUGAAUCAACCGUAUUUACCAUGGAUGCUGAUUCUUCCGUUUCUAGGACUAUGGAGCCUACAGUCACACAACUGCCCGCUACUAGGCACAGUGAAAUAAGUCCAGUUAAUCGACCAAAUUCUUCUGUUUCACCAGCUGUAAAGGAUUACUCUCGUGCAAUUGAAUGCGGAAACUCAUCUGAGACCUCUUUUGUCCAUGAAGGAUAUGACACUAUACAAAUCCCCCGCUAUCGACCAGUAGAAGUAAUAGAUAAGGUGGUCGAGGUGCCAGUGGUUCAUCAUGUGGAUACAUAUGUCCCUAAAAAGGAAAUCCAAGAAAUAGAAAGUAUUGUAAAAAAACCGUACAUCAAAUAUGUUGAUAAGAUAGUGGAAGUACCGGAGAUACAUUACACCGAUAAAAUUGUAGAAGUACCUGAAUAUCACGAGGUCACUAAAACGGUAACCAAAGUGGAAGUACAAGAACGUGUAAAAUAUAUGCCAAAGGUUGAGGUAAAGGUGGUACCCAAAUAUGUAGAGGUUCCCGUGGUCAAAAUUGUCGAUAGAUAUGAAGAAUACGAAGAGGUGGAAGAAAUUGUAAAGGAAGUUGAAAAGAUCGAAAUUGUAGAGGUGCCACGUGAAGUGGUAAAACACGUUGUUAAACCGGUGAAGAAGAUUAUUGAACAGGAACGUAUUGUACCGAUUACAGAGCAUCGAGAUGUGCCCAUUGAGAAGGUCAAGUUCGUCCCAAAGAUCGAAACGGUUGAGCUAAUUCGAGAGAUUCCGAAAGUCAUAGACGUCCCAGUGCCAUACAAUGUACCAAAAGUGGAAUAUGUCGAUAAGCCUUAUGUAGUUCCCGAAUACAGGGAUGUUCAAGUCGCGGUACCCGUAAGGAAGAAGGUAACUCCGGUCUAUCACUAUCAAGGUGAACCGGAGGUUAUUGACGUUCCUAUCCAUAGGCCUUAUUUUGUGAUACAUGAUCACAUAACAUUCAAGCCAGCGUCACAACCCAUCGCUGAGAAUAUGAAGGUAGUAGGUGUUAGGCCUAUUGAUCUUAAUGGGCUAAGUGAAUCAGAAAGGGUCGAAGCGCAAAAUCGAUUACGAAACGCAGUGAGGAACCCUAUCCCAGAUGGUGGGAAUGUUGUACAUAGCCCUUCGUCAGCUCAGGCAUCUCCAGUUGUGGACACAACCAAUGUGGUUAUGGCACCGCAAUCAUACGCGCCAAAUGUUGCCCAACACAUAUCAACUAAUGUGGAACUACCUCCAAAAGCUAUGGCUACUCCAAUGGAACCACACUUUGGCAUAGCAAAAACACCAAGCAGGAAGAGCGACCGCCCUACGGGAUCUAUCGAAACCAUUAUAUACAAAAACCAUAAAAAUGCUCCUGUAUCACCAAUGUCUGACAUUGGACAUGGCGAUGUAUAUCCACGGUCGAGUAACAAUACUCCUAGAAUGAUAUCAUAGGAUUUUAAUGAUGC